CGGUCCCCCCUCUCGUCCCGCCGGGGCGCAAUCUCUGCGCCCCUUCGGUUCUUUCCAGCCUCCCGUGGGGGCCCCCGUCCUCGCUGGGCGACAGCCGAAGGGUUAAAACGGUGGGUGUUUUCUUCUCCCGUGCUGGUGAGAGCUGCGAGCGGAGCACCGAGCCGGCCGCCGAGCAGGAGAGGUGCGCGGAGUUGAGGGGGGAGCGGAGAGGCCCCGACCCCCGCCCAGGCCGGGGCAGGCCGGCCCCACUUUGUUCUCCUCGGGAAGUUUGCUUGGAACCGGCCGCCCGGGGCUGGUAAGAGGCCCAGGCGCUUGAUCAGAAGCCAGGGCGUCGGGCCCCUCGCCGAGUGGGAACAUGCUAGCCAGAGAUGCCCGGGGGUGAGAGGAGGGUGUGGUCGUCUGCCGUCUCCGUGGCUUGCCGACCUACUUGCCCUAACAGGCUCCGAACUCUGCAUGUGGUGCCCUCUUCCAGCUGGAGCUCCAGGAGAGACGCCACGAGAAAAUGGCCAUGGAAGUUCAAUGUGGAGCCUGGAAGAGGAGCUGCUGACCAAGGGUGUGAUUUCUCAUCUUCCAAGAAGAGUGGAAACAGAUCCAGGCACUCUGCCUGGAACUAGAGGCAUAACAGCAACACGGGUCUGGUCUGGGGUCACUUGCUGUGCCUGGCUCUCAGUCAACCCUAGGACCUCCCAAGAAGGGCGAGAAAUACCAGAGUUGAGGCUGGAGCCUGGGCUUGUCCAGGUUUAGCGGGUCCGAGGGUGCUUCGUCCUUCCCAAAUUGGCAACUGGCUGUUUCCCGUCCUUUGAAAAAGAAGGGAGGCACAUUUUCCCCUUAGGCUCUGAGGUGCAGCUGCCUUUCCGGGCUUCAGAGACUCUGUCUGGAGCCAAGCCUCCAUCCUGGGUCGCUGCCCUUGGUCCCCAAGGACUCGUUCAUUGCUCUUGUCCUUCUGGACUUGGAUAAGACAGAAAGAGGAAGCAGCUGGGGCUUAGCUGUCUCCAGAUCAUGGCCGUGGGCCCUAGCUGCAAACAGGCCGCUGCCCCCAGUCUCUCUUGAGUGACCAUGCCCAUGAGUGUGAUGGCUACCAGCAAUGCCAGGUCUUUCAGCUGGGAGAUCUUCCCCCCAAUGCCCACUUGUCGGGUGUACUGUACACCCGUAUACCAAGAUGGGCACUUGUUUGUGAUGGGUGGUUGCAGCCAGGCGGGGAUACCCCUGGGCACAGUGGAAAUGCUGGAUGUGAUCUCCCAGAAGUGGGCAGCGCUGCCUCCCCUGCCCACGCCUCGGGCUGGGGCUGCCGCAGUGGCUCUGGAGAAGCAGGUGCUGGUGAUUGGGGGCAUGGACUCGGAGCAGAGCCCUCUGGCCUCUGUGGAGGUCUUCCGCACUGACGAGGGCAAGUGGGAGAAGAAGGCAGCGCUGGCCCAGCAGUCCAUGGGUAUCUCAGCUAUCGAGAGAGAUGGCACCGUGUAUGCGCUGGGUGGGAUGGGCUCUGACACAGCUCCGCAGGCACUGGUGCGGGUCUACGAGCCAGCCAAGGACCACUGGCAGCCGUUGCCCUCCAUGCCCACUCCCUGCUACGGGGCCUCCACUUUCCUGCAGGGAAACAAGAUCUAUGUCCUGGGAGGCCGGCAGGGCAAGCUUCCGGUCACCGCCUUUGAAGCCUUCGACCUGGAGGUGAAGAGCUGGACUCGUUACCCAAGCGUGCCCAGCCGGCGUGCCUUUGCCAGUUGUGCCAUGGCAGAAGGCUGCUUUUUCAGCUUGGGGGGCUUGCAGCAACCUGGGCCCCAUAACUUCUAUUCCCGCCCCCACUUCGUCAACACUGUGGAGAUGUUCAACUCGGAGCAAGGUGUCUGGAGUAAGCUGCCGCGCUCAGUAAGGAUGAGGGAGAAGAGAGCUGACUUCGUGACAGGCUACCUUGGGGGCCGUGUGGUAGCAAUAGGCGGCCUUGGAAACCAACCCUCCCCGCUGGGCUCCGUGGAAGGUUUCAGCCUUGUGAGGAGGAAAUGGGAGCUCUUGCCCUCCAUGCCCACUGGCCGCUGCUCCUGUUCCAGCCUCCAGGCCCAGCAGAGGCUUUUUGUGAUUGGAGGUGUAGCCCAGGGGCCCAGUGGAGCUGUAGAGGCCCUGUGCCUGCGUGAUGGAGUCUGAGGAGCCCAGUGCAACCUACCUACCCACCUGAUACCCAGAGGCAGAGACCAAGGGGGCACAGCCACCCAUCUGCUGCCAUUAUCAGCUCAGUGACAUCACCUUCUUUUGCCAUUUAGAAACCUAAUUUCAGCUUUGUGAAGUUUAGAGUAGUGCAGAGAUCAAAAUUAUCCUGUGUGGUGGGCUGAACCUGGGCAAGACUAGUAGCAGCUGCAGGGCUGGAAUCCCAGGGAUAGGACUGUCCUAAUUGCCCCUGCUGCUGAGAGAAAGGACUUCAGAUGUCCUAACUGCUGCAGGGGAUGCCUUGAGGACUACUGGGCAGGAUGGGUGGCAGUGCUGCCCGGCCAGGGAUUGAGUGAGCUGACAGUUUGGUCAGCGCCAUAGCUGAUCAUUCUUUCCUACUCAGUGCCCUUACAUGCCCUCAUUCCUGAAGACUGUAUAUGCCAUCCAAGUGCAGAGGCAUGCUUGGUCAACUGCAUUGGGCUGGAAGGAUGAACAGCUGGGAGGAGGCUGACUAUUUUAAUAGGAACCACCAGGGACCCCUAGUUCAGUGCCUAUGAGACGAUGGCAUAGCCCUAAAUAAAGCUAGCCGUUUUGGUUCUUGCCACAGUGGCAGGUUUCAAGCUCAUGCUGAGCAGUGGGAGACUUUGUUCUCCAAGGUGGGAUCUUGGGUGGAAUGGAGGCAGAGCACCGUCCAGCCUACAGGGAAAAGUUUGCCCUAUCCAGGCAUCUGCCUUUCCUCUUCAUUAGAACUGAUCCCUUUAAAGCGGGUCAUUGUCUUCUGUUCCAUUCUGCCUUUCACACUAACCCAGCUUUUUAGGCAAGAGCAAACCAAGGGGAAAGUGAAGCUACUUCUUUAAGGGCAGGUUUCCCAGCCUGGGGGACAAUAUAAACCCCAUUUUCUCUGCACUCUGGCUGAAGGGUAGCCCGAGCAAGAGCCUAGUGGGCCUAUGUGGGAAUAGGGAUAUAUUAAGCAGAGUGACAGGUCCCUGACUUUAUGAUGGAAGAUGGGGGGUUCUGAAAAGGGUGUGUCGACUCGAUGGCAUUUGAAGACAGGUCCCCAAUGUCACCACAGAAAGGGGCUAGGAAUUCAGGACCCGGCCAAAUGGUCGAAGAAGUUUGAUGAAUUGAUGCAAACUGCCUCUGCUCCGGGUAGCCGCUGAGGAGGCUGAAAGAGGGAUAGUAGCUAACAUUUUGUGGUUAAAUUAAUUUUUCUUCCUCAAA